AUGAAGCUCCGUAAGCUAUACGGGUUGAUCAAAAAAACGUAUUAUGAAAAGAGAAAGGAUUCUAUUCUUUACUUUUUCUUUUUGUUGAUUCCGUUUCUGUUAGUAUCACUUCAUUUGUUCCUUAGGAAUACCAGUGACAAGUACUCCCUCGAGAUUUACAACAACUUUUCCGAACAUGAUAAAAUAGAUUUGAACGACAGCAUAAGGCAGUAUGUCUUAUUUUUGAGCAACCAGCUGUGCUCCAGAGAAAUCGGCGAUAACGUGUACGUGAACCACAUCUGCCUGACGCCGGACGACCAUCUCUCCAGGGCCUUCCUCAGCUACGCCACACAAAACGACCUGAACGUCUUUCGGGUGUACAGAAGUGAGGAGGAGUGUCUACAGAAUUUAAAGUAUGCCAUUCAACUUAAAGAAAGCGAUUUUGCCAACACGAGCCGGAAACAUAAUGGAGAAAACCUAGGCGAGAAUUUAUCCCCCUUAGUGCACUCUUUUAAGAAUAAUUUGAAACGGGGCAACUCCAUAACCCUGGAGGAGCUAUACAGAGAUGUUCAUCCACAGAACGAAUAUGACACGCUGCUAAAGUUACGAAUAGAUGAAGGGACCCUGAGGGAGGUAAAGAAAACAGAGCUGUACAAAUCCUUCAUUAGGGAUAUUAAAAAAUUGAAAGACGAAAGCAGCCACAAUGCCUUCUUCAAGGACGACCGGAAAAAAUUGUUUUUUUUUAAUUUCGUGAAGAAUAACUUGAUCGAGACAAACAAAGCAUGUGGUAUGCUUGGUAUUGAAAAUGUAAGUCACCUGGGACAACAGAACCGGUUGCGCUUCUCCUAUGUAUUUGGGAAGAAGCCCAGUGGGCGCCCGGCCGGCGCUGCCAAGGGAGGAGAAAACGAAGCGAGCUGUACGGAUGAUACGAACCUAGUUAAGAAGGCUAUUUACAAUAAUGAUACUAGUAUAGAAAAAUUAAUUAACCAUAACGAUAUGGCCAUGACAAUUGGUGAAACGAACCAUGAGGCAAUCCUUCAAAGUGAGAAAGACGUCAUUACAAAUGUGAGUUACAAAAUUCGAGUGGGAGAUUAUGCGCUGUUGACGUCCAGCGAAAAUUAUUUCUUUAAUGAUAUAAACAUAAACCUGAAGCAGAAUUUUGUUAAUUUUAACACGGUCGAUGAUCUGUCCUUAAAUGUGUAUUUUAAUGAGUGGUACUACAGCAGCUUCUUCAUUGUGUUGGAGUACCACUUUAACUUGUUCAUGCUCAAGUAUAAUGCGCAGAUGGCCGGACACACCUCGUCACGCCACACGGCAACUGGCACUGGCACGGCAACUGUCACCGGCACGGCAAGACACACCGACGCAGACACUACCCCAUCUGGCACCUGGCUCCACCUGAACGACUUCUUCCUCCUCAACAUGCCCAUGAGGAGUAUGAAAAUAAAUGCCUUCGACACGAUUGAAAAAAAUAUAUUUCGCAUGGUCAUGUUUCUGUGUGUCUGUCUCUUCAUAGUAAAUAUAUGUUUUGACAUUAACAAAGAGAGGAAGAUCAAAAUGGAGAAUUUUUUAUUUUGCUUGAAGAUAAAUAAAUACUAUUAUUACUUUUCGUGGCUCCUGUUUUACUUCAUCGUGUUGUUUUUUUAUAACACUUUUUUCAGCUACGUUAUAUAUGUAUACGUCUACAAAAGGAUGGUCAAUUUUUUCUUUUUAUUUUUGUACAUGUACAUGUUCAUAGUAAAUAGCUUACUCUUUACAGUUAUGUGCAUGCACUUCUCGGAGAAUAAUGCAAUAAAUUACAUUGCUUCUUUUUUAAUUUUUUUUUUAUUUUCUUCUUUUCGUUUGAUUAUUCAUUCUGGAGUUGGACCAGUGUUGUCCUUCUUUGUGUUGUUAAUUCCUCAUGCAUCCUUUUGUUUGGCGUUAGAUUUCAUUUUUAUUUUAGUUAAGAAUGGCAUUCAUAUUAAUUACGCCGAGAUGUUUAUUAAAUUUGAGAAUAUUAGUUUAAUGCACCUUUUGUUCUACUCUGUGUUUUCCUUCAUCCUUUUGACCUGCAUUUUGACCUACAUGAUACACUACCGCAACCGCCGCCAGGGGAAGCUCUACCUGAAGAGGGGAAGUUCCCACCAAAUGCAGACAAGGGGACGAACCGGAUCCGGUAAAGGAGACUGCUACAUGGUGGAGCUGACCGGCGGCGCUCCCGAGCACAGCCAGCAACAGCAGCAACAUCACACGAGCCAGAGGAAGAAGAAUCAGGUGGCGCUCCGCGCGGCGAGGGCAACCCAAUUGGGACGCCACCGCCCUACGACCAAAAAGGACCACUCCCCCGAUUGCUACCUAGUCAUAAAAAAUGUGAACAAGACAUACGGCCGAAAACAUGUCCUCAAAAACGUUUCGCUAACCCUUCGCAGCAACAGAAUAUUCGUCCUGCUUGGGGAAAACGGCUCAGGCAAAUCUACCCUCAUUAACAUUAUAACGGAAAUGAUCACAAAAGACUCGGGGGAAAUACAUUUCGUCAAGAGGGGUCCAAAUACCCUUGGCAUUAGCGGACACCGACGCCAAAAAGGCCUCUCCCCAUUGCAGAGGCUCAUGGGAAGAACAAAACCACAAAGCAAUCAUGAAAUAGAAAUCAGCUACUGUAGCCAAAAUGUAAUCCUAUACGAUAACCUCACCUUUUACGAAACGAUAGUUAUAUUCCUCCUCUACUACAACAAAGAUGUGGACAAAUUUUUGAACAAAAAAAGAACUCGAAAAAUUAUGAAUGAUUUAGAUCUUGAAAAAUAUCUCAAUCACAAAAUUAAAAACUUGAUUGAUGAUGUGAAGAAAAAAAUUUCCAUCUUCAUUUGUUUUCUUGUGAAGAGGGAUGUGUACAUUUUGGACGAGCCAUUUAUUGCAUUGGACAUUAAGACCAAGACCAAGCUUUUUAAAUUUUUUGAAAAAAUUAAAAAAAAUAAUAUCAUUUUUAUUUGUACCCAUGAUAUAUAUGAAGCCAAUAAUUUUGCCAACGACAUUGCAGUUAUUAAGAGUGGGGAAAUUAUUUUCAACGGAACUAAAAGACAGUUUCAGAAGCUUAUCGAUUAUAAGUUCGUUUUGAAUGUUCGUUUUAGUGACGUGGGGGGGGCGUACAGCCAAAAUGGAGACAACCAUAUGGGCGUCAUCCAAAAUGUUAGUGACAAUGUGGACAGCAGCCAGAGUGUAAACAACCUGUUCGAAUUCCUAACAGAUCCCAAUGCAGCAAAUAAUAACCCAGAGACCAUCAAGCAAAACAUUAUCCACUUUGUAAAAAGCGUUAGAGAAGAAAAUAAAACAUGUUUCAUCUUUUUCAACUCGAGUCACAUGUACUGUACAUACAAAAUAGAAGAGACGGAAUCGUUAAAGAAGCUACUCUAUGUAUUAAAACGGUUCAGAAAUAUCCUUACCUACGAACUAAAGACAAUUGACAUCUACUACACCUACAUUUAUAUUUACACAUAUCACGAGAAAAAACGUCUUUUGAAAAAUGUUCAACAUAAAGAUCUUCGAAACUUGAUCAAAAUGGAUCCCCUCUUUUAUCUUUUUUUUGACAACGUCAGAUAUUUUAAUGAGCUGAAUAGUAAGCUAGCCAUUUUGGAUCGUCCUCCUCCUCCUGCUGCUGCUCCUGCUUCCCCUCAUUGGAGCUACCUCAGGGAUAUCCUUAUUAAGGGGACAGAUGGCAACGGUGACAACUGCGGAAAGGGAACACAACAGAUGGAGAAAAUGUAUAACUACACAAAUGGAAUGACGAAACCAACCUACGAAGCGCAGAAUAAAAAACCACACAUGAUUAAGCGUGUGGCCAAUUUCCUAUGCACGUACGUUAAACCAACCCUCUUUCUAAAAAUAAAAAAAGACCUCUGCAAUACCAGCUUUUAUUGGGUCAAAUUUUUGGUCCCAAUUUUCCUCCUUUCCUUUGGCUUGCUCAUAAUAAAAUGCGUUUCCCUCUUUGGCAAAAUUGAAAACAUAGAGUUGGACUACACUACCAUUUCGUCUAAUCAUUUGAAGAAAAGUACACUCAACUAUUACAUCAUUUACACCUCCGACAUGGACCCUGAUGCGGGACGACAAAGCAGCGCAGAUAGUCAAUCCUUCUCCCCACAGGGGCAGGUCACUUCCAAGUGGGAAAAUAAAUGGCAUGGAGGAAAAUGGAAAAACAAAAAAGGGAAUCAAAUAAACCAUAUAAAAAAUACCUCCCCAUUGCAAAAUGGAAGCAGAAGCGACAAUGAAAGCGAUGUGACAACAAACUCUUUUAAUUACUACAACAGCACUAUUAACUCCCUUCUCGAGAAGUACUGUAUAAACGAGAAUAUUAAUUACAUAGACGAGCAGAUAAAUGAAGAAAAUAUGUAUGAACAUGUUCAUAAAUAUCUGAGUAAAAGGUCAACUCAGCAGAAAGAUAUUUCUCUGGGUACCUACAUAUUUCAGAUUAACGAAAAGAGGACCAACAAUGGAGACGAGGAUUACAACACUGAUGUGGAAGUCAACGUAAACCUAUUUUGCAACUACACCUCUAUACACUCAUAUGCAUACUACACCAAUUCGGCCUUCAACGUAUUGACAGAAUUCCAGAGUGCAAUGCAGCGCUCGGGUGGGGAGAGGCUCAACGGGGUUGGAAGCUCUUCCAAAUGGGAAGACAUAGGGAAAGCCCCUCCAACAACACCAGUUUCUCCACCACGAAGAAACAAAAUCGACGUGAUCAACGAGCCCUUCCCAAUCAAGUUCCACGAAUAUUUCCUUCGAGACUUCUACAUCAACAUGUACGUCUUCCUUUCCAUUGUCAUUUUCUUCUGCGUCUUCUUCGAGAAAUUGCGUAACGAAAUAGACAAUAGGAAAAUAUUUGAAAAUUUCAACGUACACAAAUAUGUGCAUUAUCUGCAAAUCCUCCUUCUCGAGUACAUGUACUACCUCAUUUACAUCAUCCUCCUCUUUUCGGUUCUGUACCUGUUUCAGUAUCGUGAGUUUGUUCUUCCAUCCUUUUUCGUGUUCUUAAUGAUGUACGGGUUCAACACGUUCCUGUCCAUCUCCCUCUUCUCGCAUCUUUACCAGCACAGUUAUAUCCUCUUUGUCUUUGUGAAUUUUAUCCUCUGUGGAAUUAUUAGUAUUGUGAUAUAUGUCUUGGUUAUCCUCUCGUAUGCCUACAACAACGAAGUGUUGAUGAAUCUUUCACACAUCUUCGUUUGCAUUUUUCGUAUACUUGAUUCGUUUUCUCUUUCCCAUGUGCUCAAUAUUAGAAGUUUGUGCUUGAAUAUGAAACGUCACAUGCAGCAGAUUGAUGAUGAGCUAAUUAGGGACACGACGGGGAGCUACUUUGGCCAGAACAUACAUCGAGCACAGUCAUACGGAAACUACAGAAAUAUGUUAUUCUCUCGUGGGGGGGGAGAGGACACAUUGGGUGGAAUGGAAGAAACAGAUGCGCUCAAAGGAUUUUGCAGUGACUCCAACUCGUUCUUUAACACCACGGGGGAUUUCUUCUUCCUUAUCGUUAACUGCGCCCUGUACCUCCUGCUUAUCUUUUAUAAGUUGUACAACCUAAACCAGAACGCGCGCAGAGGGGAGGAGAGCAGCGAGGCGAAGAGUGAAGCGGCAGGAGAAUCUAUCAAUCAAUGGGCAGAUCAGGACCCAAUUGAGAAGCCAAGCGAUGUGCAGAGCAGCAUCGAUGAUGAAUCAAGCGACAGUGCGGGAAAUCCCGGCUCCACACAAAAAUACGCAUUCGCAGUGAGACACUUCUACCUUACCAACAGCGAGUACAAGAGGGAAGAACGUACAGAAAAAAAUGGCCUCUUCAAACUUUUCACAUUUGCAAGCAGGAUAUUUAAAUUGCCCCAAAGAACCGUCGCCACAGACACGUACAGGAAAUUCAACGAGGAAAUAUCUGAAACGAACACAAAAGCGAUUUUUGCAAUUCCAGAUGGGAAAGGCAAAGAAGCAUCAACGGGGGAGGGAUCAUCCGAUGAGGGAAUUCAUAGCAGGGGAAGCAGCUCAGAGGGACAACCCCCCCCCCAUGAACACCCGAGCGGAGGCCUUCACGUAGACCAAAAGUACAUCCUAAAAGAUAUCAACGUCAAAAUGAAGCCCUACAAGAUAUACACAUUUUCCUCCAUAUUUAACAACGACCUGAAUGUGCUUUACUUUUUCAAGUUCUUCUUCGCCAACGGGCAAGCGUGGAGGAGGGAACGUAUCGGUGGGCACGCUACUGACCAUCACGCUGCUGGUGAACGCCCCAAGGACGACCGCACAGAUGACAAGCGAAAAGCCUUCGCGCAGACGACCGAGACAGAAGACGAAAGUGAUUACAAAAUUGUCCUCAUCCCACAUAUGACCAUAUAUGAACACAUAAAAUUAAUUUUAACGUACAAGAAUAUAGUUCUUAGCAACGCGGAGCUUAUGUAUGUUAUAAACUUAUUAAUGCUCACUGUUAAUCUGAGAUGCGACGUACAUAUAAAUUGCAACGAGCUCAGUGGAGGUAUGCGGAAAAAGGUGGAGUUAAUUAUUAACCUGCUUCGCAACGAUCCAAUUAUUUUCCUCUACAAGCUAAAUGACAAUAUAGACUUUUGCUCACAAAUUUAUAUAAAUAUAAUUUUGAAGAAUGUACUGUUGAUGAACAAACAGACAGAUCGCUGUGAGGAAGACGACAACAACAAGAUGGAAUAUCUACUCCGGGAACAAAUGUCUCAGUGGGUAACUCAUUAUGCUGAAAGGACAAAGAGCUUAUUGAACCACCAAGUUGGAUUAGCCUUCACGAGAAACAAAGAACAGACAGAGGAGUGUCCUAUAUCGUCAAACAUACAAAGUGUUAACGAAGGAAUAAUUAAUGCAUUCAUAAAGGAUAAUAUAUUGAGGAUAAAUUUUGCUCCGAGAAGCUUUGCAAUUUAUACUCAUAUAUAUACAGACAUUUUUUAUUAUGAUUACCUCUACCUGUUUAAUCAAAACGAAAUUACUUAUGAAAAUUACACACAGAAUAUGGUUAGGGGCUUCCAGGAUCAUUACUCCUUCCUGGUGAAGCUCAAGGGUAUUGACCAUGCCAAGAUAAAUGAAUACAUAAAGGUUUUUUUCUGUACGAACAAGCGCGCGUGCGUUAGGUUUUGUAAAGUGAUGAAGGCGCUCGCUGAGCGCAACAGCAACCGUAACAGAAACGGUAGCAAAAGUCGUAACAGCAGCCGUAACAGUAGCCGUAGCAAUGACCGCAGUAACAAACGUAGCCACAACCGUAGCAGCGACACGGAUGAUGCGCGUGCCCACGCCGCCAUCUCCUUCGUCGAGAACAACUCCAAAAAAAAUGCACUCAACUUGUAUAACCUGUUUCGCAUUUUCAAAACAUUUGCUAUUUAUGAGCUGGCCUACCAAAACAUUCAACAGUUCGUGCAGAGGUGUAAGUCUGUUAAGAGGAUCUACUCCGAGAUGACUCUUUCCAACCAGUGCCUUUUCAUUUUGAAGAUCCCCGACAACAAGCACUUCUUCAAGUUGCUGGAAAUAAACCAACGGAUCAAAUUCGACGACAAAGAGAUACAAGUGCAACAGGUGGAUAUCAACAACUUGAAUGCGAACGAUAUUUUCCUCCUCCUGUUUAAGAAGCUCCUAUGA